AUGGAUUCAACGCGCCAAGAUACAACACAUCUGGAUACAGACACUGAGGAUCCUGCCUUCGAAACAACCAACGGUGACGCCUGCAUCAGCCCAUACGCUGUUGUACCUACGAAAAGAGGUGAUGAUGAUGAAAAUGAUGAUAUCAGCAAUGACGAACAGAACAUGUCUAUAGAAGACGAACUUGCAAUCAGGAGCGUACAGGCAGAGGAUUUUGCCCAUGCAAAGGACACCAUUCAGCCAAACACUGGUACAUACACGGCAAUGAAGACACCAUCAGAAGAUACCAAGGCAAAGGCGCCCUUUCAGAAUACCAACGCGGGUUCAAACAGCACAGAAGACAUCCCAGUUGACUCGGCAGAGAGUGACACAUCCAAGAACAGUGCGGAGUCUCCAGUCCUUCCCCGGGAUGGCAGUACCAUGCGUGAGUGUCCACAUCCCCCCGGUGCGAUCCAUACAAACGAGGCAUACGAGCGCAUGGACAACCUGAAAAAUUUCGAGUACGAGCACAUGUACGACAUGAUUCCGGACGCCAUGUCGAUCCAAAAUGCCUCCACUUUGCUGUACGGACGAACAAUGGACCAAAGCACUUCUUCUGACCAGCGACCAGCUAGCAUGGAGCCAUAUGCUGUUAGACAUCAGGAAGAAGAUAACGAUGAUGACAACGGCAUGUCACAGGAAAGAGGAGCCUCAGCUGGGAACAGUGCUGCAAAGACUAACACCAGUGAAGAGGAUAUUGAACCAUAUGCUGUUAGAUAUCAGGAAAAAGAUGAAGAUGAUGACAAUGGUAUGCUAAAGAAAAGAGGAUUCUCAGCUGGGAACAGGAAUGCAAAGACAAUCACCACUGAAGACAAUAUUGAACAAUACGCUGUUAAACAUCAGGAAGAAGAUGAAGAAGAAAGAGGAUCCGCAGCUGGGAAUAAUACUAUCGACACUGAAGGGAAUAUUGAAGCAUAUGCUGUUGCAUACAUGUGUGAGAAUGUGAUGUACUCGGGCCAGGAACAACUUCAAAGAAAUGUUUCCCUGAAGAACAGCGAAGAUGUCAAGACCACACUGAAUGAUGCUGGCACUUCGAAGUACGGGAAUGAUGCUGCCAGGUCCAGAAAUGACGCUGGCCCUUCCGGGAGUGAUGCUGCCAGUUCCGGAAAUGACGCUGACACUUCCAGGAAUGAUGCUGGUUCUUCCAGAAACGACUCUGGCACUUGCAAGAAGGACACUGGCAGUUCCGAAAAUGAUGCUGACACUUCCGAGUAUCAAAAGAAUGACUGGAAUAUGCGCGGCACUCACGAACAACGUGCACUUCGUUCGGAAAAACUGAUCCCAAAUCCGAUGUACGUUCCGAAUGGUCCUCGACAAGCAGCUGGAGGAACCGUUUCUCCUCACCUGACCAUCUGCGGGAAGGGAAUAUCAGAGAAGAUCACUUUUGGCGGACCAGGAAGAGAGGCGGGUAAAUUUUACUAUAACCAUGGUGUGGUCGUAUCUGCCAAUAAUGAGGUAUUCGUGGUUGAUCGUGUCAACGAACGCGUCCAGGUCUUCAGUUUGAACGGAACCUUUAUCCGGCUGUUGUCAACGGUCUUGCCGGGAGGGAUAAUUACUCAGCCUCAUGACGUCACAAUAGACAGAGAGGGUCGUCUGUUGGUGGUAGUGGUCACGUGUCAAAGUGUACCUCGUGUAUUGCAUGUCUUGCGGUACACCCUUGAAGACCAGCCAUUGUCGAACCUUAAUAUGUCAAUCGGGAAAAACAAAAUGGUUAGCAUCACAAUAGAUCCACGCAAUAAUAACAUCAUCGUGGUCGAACGCAGGCAAGUGUUUAUCUUCCACCCAAACGGCACGCGCUGCGGGAGGUUCGUGUGGCCUUCAAGUGCUCCUGGGAGCUUCCAGACGCACGUCGCAGUAGACGACAAAGGGAACUUUUAUGAAACCUCUAGAAGUCACGGCAGUGUCCGAGUGUAUAAUACUAGCGGGAGACAUUACUUGUACGAAUUUGAAGUGUGCCGUGACAAAACGGUAAAGCUGUGCAAACUGCGCGAUAUUUUGAUUGACGCUAUGGGGCGAAUCCUGGUGGCGCAGAUACUAUCUACCAGUGGACAAGUGGACAUGUUCACGCGCGAUGGGAACUUCGUUCGAACCAUCAGACUGACUACAGACAUAACAGAGCUAUAUGGUCUUGCACUGGCACCGGGAGGACAGCUAGUUGUUGCACACGAUCACUACGUAAGCAUCUUCCCAUGCCAAAUGGUAUAUCCAUAG